UUUGCAGCCGCCAGAUGUUAACCCUCGUCUGAUUCUGGCACUUGAUCGUGAAUUUGUUCGUUAACUGCAUUGCCAUAAUGCGCACACGAUGCGUUUGGUGUAACAUGUCGUGUAAGAGAGCGCUGCAGAUCCACACUGGCGGCGGCGGCGGCAGCAGCAGCACUGGAUACUGAACCCGAACGCCAUCACGGAAUUGUGCAAAAAAAGCGCAAAGCGGGUAGCUGUCGAGUGGCUGCUAAGGGGGAAAAGGUGUCUCGUUGUUUCGGUCUCGGAGGAUUUCACGUUUCCAGAUGGCGUCAAAUACACGAGUGUCCAUUCUGGAUUACUUCAAUAUUGUCUUUGAGGGCGAAAACGGCAAAAUUGAGUCUAACUGUAAAGCAUGCGGCACAAGGAUACAGGCAAAGCGGACAGUCACCUCUAACUUCGUUACACAUUUGAAGCGUAAACAUCAAGCAAUGUAUGAUGAGUUUUUGAGGAAAAAAGAUGUUAAAAGAGAGGCUUAUUCAUCUGGGGCGAUGCACUCCUACACACCCAUAAGUGGCGCUGGUCGAACAGCUUCUCAGAGUGUUAUGGGAACAACCAAAUUUGACCGGGGCGAUCCACGACAAUCCCUCAUUUCGGAAACAAUUGCCAAGAUGAUCAUCCGUGACCUACAACCUGUGCAGAUUGUCGAGAAUGAGGGCUUUCGUGAGCUACUUAAGCUCCUUGAGCCUCGUUAUGUCCCAGAGCCAAGCCAUUACAUACAACAGCAACUUCUUCCGGCUUACAGCUACCAAGUACAGCUAGCAACUAAGCUGGCUCUCUCAGGAGUUGAGUCCUGCAGUAUCACCCUGGACCUGUGUACGAGCAAUGCUGUAUCCAUCAAUAACACUUCUGGCUAUCUGGGAGUGACAUGCCAUUUCAUAACUUCUGACUGGCAGAUAAGAUCCAUACUGUUAUCAUGUAUUCCUCUCCAAAAUUACAGGGACACUCAGCGCAUGCUGACUGAGUUUGACGAGAUCUGUCAUGUUCAUGAUAUCUCGGGUAAGGUGUUUCGCAUCGUUGUUGAUCCUUCCCCAUGUGAAAGCCGAUCUACUUUCUGCCUGCCUGGUUUUUAUCUUCAUAGUAAUGGUGCUGGGGAAGAUGAGGAAGAAGAUAGUAGUGAUGAGGAAACUAGUGUAGGCAAAGGGAAGAGUACUGUUAGUGGAACAGAAGAGCAGAAUUCUUUAAUUCAUUGCCUCGGUCGGUGUAGGAUAGACUGCUUUGCCCAUUCACUGAGUCAGUGCAUACAACAAGGCAUCUGUUCCUCCGCUCAGAUAUCCAUGACUCUUACUAAAGCAGCUUGUUUCUACAACUAUGUUGUUACUACAGUGACGCCUGAAAAACUGAGUAAAGUGUUUGGUCCUGGCACAGUAGGAAAUGGACAGCGUCCAUCAGCUUUGGACAGGCACUGGAACAGCCAACUAAAGACAAUGAGACAGAUGCUUGAAUCAUUGGAUUUUUUGGAGGACAUUGUAGACAGAAAUGAAUUGGCUCUCAACAGUGUUGAAAAAGCCACACUGCAAGAACUGGUUGAGAUCUUGGAACCUUUUGAGGAAGCCACAGAUAUGGUCCAGGGAGAUAAGCAUGUGUCUAUCAGUCUUGCCCUCCCUAGUGUCCUGGGCUUACGCAAGCACCUUGCAGAAGUUGUGACACACCAGUGUGCAGGACUGGUGUCAGGAUUGUCUCAUGCGUUGGACCAGAAUUUGGCUGGAAUUCUGGAGGAUCCUCUGUUUGUGACAGCCACUACGCUGGACCCGCAGUUCAAGCUUUCUUGGAGCAGUGACCGGGACUGGCAUAAGCAGGUUCUCCUGGAAGAGAUGGGAAAGCACACCCAACCUGUGAGUCCACAGGAGCCUAGUUCAGAUGCUCAGCCAUCUGCAUCUAAACGCAGCAGACUGUUCUCUUUCAUCAAAGAACGACCAUCCACACAAGCCAAGAGUAUGGAGCAGGAGCUGGCUGCAUACCUUCAUGAGGAGCCCACAGAUGAAGAUCCCCUGCAAUACUGGAAGCGCAAGUCUAUUGAUUUUCCUCUACUUUCACUAGUGGCCAAGAAAGUAUUUACAGUACCAGCUACAACAACAGCAGUGGAAAGGAUAUUCUACCUUGUGGGCAAAACACUAAGACCUGAACACUUUCGACACCUAACAAAAAACUUGGAUACCCUGAUUUUUUUAAAGGCCAACUACAGCAUAUUGUGGUCUUAAAUACUUCGAUAUUGACAGUAGUUUUAAAGAUUUUUUUUUUUAUCAAGGGAUGCCGUAAACCCCAAAAACUAUACGCAAAAAAUUGUAGAAUCACUCAAAACUAUCAUUUAACUGUUUUAGUAUAUUAUGAAGCAUUUAUUGAUACAUUUAAUGAAUUGGUCAUGUGGCAUGUACUGUAUUACACAUGUAAUUCAUUAUUGUCUUCACUUUGUUUUUAAAUCCGUUGUAUUUAUAUUAUUUCAUUAGACUCUCAUGCACAUUAAGCUAAGCAUAAAGCUGAGUGGUUGAGGAAUUUGAACUGAAACAUUGGCUCUCUGGCAAAAAGAGAAAACUUGCUAGUUUAGAGCCUUGGCUGCUCACCUAUGAUGACCCAUUAUAAAAUCCAAAUGAUUAAGGAGUUAACAACAAUAAAAACUCUCAUUUAAACACUUGAUUUCUAACAGGCAUGAAAAUGCUGAUUGGUACUGUAGGGAGGUCUUUGUUGGGAGUUAAAUUGACAUAUACAUUUAGGGUGUCCAUCCAGAUAAAUGAACCAUGAACAUGCAAUGCUCAGCUGUGGUAAAACUGAAAAAGAAAUUCUCAAAAUAGUUUAAGUGUUCAUAGAAAAAGUGUGUCUAUUCCACAGCCAUCUGUGUCUAAAAACAAAGAUAGCAAAACGUACCAUGCUGUCUCAGUGUACUCUCUUUUUUGGCAAUCACAGUGACAUUAUUUAUUUUGGGGAGCUUGAGCUUUCCUACCUGCCAAAGAGUAAGUAAAUGGCAGCAUAUUUUAAUAAAAUUUAAAUAAAGACGCUAAUUAUAAAAUGCUUAUGCAGCUGUUUAUGUACAUAAUACAUAGUUUAAGACAUAAACCAUAUUGAAUUACAAAACAUAUAUUCACAUUUGUAAGAAGGACUUCAGGCAAUUACUAUUUUGAUGCUUCAUUUUCAGUAUUUAACUGGGUAUGGUCUACAUAAAAAAACACAAUACCAAAUUCUCCAUUCACUUUUUUCUGUAUCAGUUUAAAGCGAUUCUUGACCGGCUGGGAAAGUGUGAGACUGUUAUGAAACUGAACAAUAUUGAUAAAAUGGUUUCUGGGCUUUGGGUGGAUUAAUGCCAACAAUAAUGGCAAUAAUUAUUAUGGUCCAUUUAGGCAGUCUACCUACUGGUGCUUCUGAGAGGACGAAAGAUAUUAAACGACACCCACGCAGACACAAGAUGAACAUGUAAAACUGCACACAGACAACACAACUGGUUUAAUUAAUCCCAGCAAGAAAAUAUAGAGAUGGAUAGUAUAUAAUUGUUAGAAUUGAGCAUUUUGUCUUCUAAAUAAUUUUGUAUUUGUGCAGCAUCCUGAAAUGUGUAUUAAAAAACUUUUGGCAGCCACACUAUUAAUAAUAAUUACUAAAAACUAAUAAUUUCUCAUUAAUGGAAAAUGAAGAUAAAAUAUUUUAAUCCAUUGUGGGGUUUCAGCUCUGGUUUAUAGGUGAAUCGAAUCUUUAAGUAUUCAGGUAAAUUUGAUUAACUGAAUCAAAAUUUAUAAUGUACACUUUAUUGACUACGCGUCCAGGGUUUAGCACAAUUUAGUGUAUCUUACCAGUUCUGCUUAUCACGUGGCCAACGAUGAUAACACAAAAUCUAGUAUUUAGCAAGGUAACUUAAGAUCUGGGCAAAUUUUUAUUUUAAAAUACAUGACCAAGACAACAGUUCUUUAUAAAGAAACCAGAAUUUAUUUGACUAAUCUACGACACAUGAAACUACGGUACUUAAACGCACACACAUACAUACGAA